AUGGUUAAUUCUGAUGAGGAAUUUAUAAGUCUGCAUGAUACAGACGACGACAUAAUUUCCAAGAAGUCGCUGCAGGCAGUGAAGCAAAUUAUAAAUUUCCUGAAAGAACAUGCCAGGGAGGAAGGUUUGUUUCGGCGUGCUGGACGCAGUGACCUCAGAAGACGAAUCCUGAAUUCAUUGAAGAAAGGUGAGAGACCACGUCUGGACGACAACAACGUGGCCCUUGAAUGUGCGGCAGCGUUGCAGCUCUUCUUGGGUCACCUAAAAAAACCUGUGAUGCCUCGACACGUCCAGCAGCUUCUUCUGGCUGACAAUCCUGGCGUGACCGCCCACGUGAUCGCGAGGGAUGCCUGGGGUUUAAUACGACAGGACGUCGGUGGUCGUCACGGAGAACUUCUUGCAGGACUUCUUGAUCUACUGAGGCACUUGACCCUCUCCGGUCCUCCGUCGGAGAGGACGGAACUACGUGGUUCGCCACUUCCCAUCGCGCUGCUUCCAGUCUUUUUCACUUUAACGCCAGCUGACUUGGUAAAAUGGAAGCAAGUAGCCGCCAGAUUCAGCGAAUUAAUUACCGAAGCCCCUGUGCAACUGCAAUUGAAUGAAAAUCGAUCCCAUGGCGUAGAAUCCAUGGGUGGUUCUAGUGGAAACAGCGUUGGUAGCAUAAGAAACCAAGCCACCGUUACAGUCUGAGGAACAAGAUUAAUUUAAGGACAAUCGUAUGACAAUGAUGAAAGAAAACUACGAUAAACAAUUGGUUUAUUCGUCGCUUCAACCAUUAUUUAUGUUUUCAGGAAUGAACA